AUGGCGAUAUGGCCGUUUGGUCGCAGGAACAAGCGUCAUACUAUUCAGAUAGGAGCAUCCGACGCAGUUGAUGUCCAGGCGUACGACGCGGAAACCAGCUUCGACGAUGCUCAGAUCGGAAGAAAGCCCUCUCGCAAAUAUUCUAAGCGUCAGAAGAACCGCCAUUCGCAACAUGUCCAGAAUCCCCCAGCUGCCUUCGAAGAUGGAACCUCUCAGCCUGUUACCGAACCAUACUCCCAACCGACGUUACACCAUGAGCCAGCCUAUUCCAUAAAGAGAUCACGAGACAUGGGAUCUCGGGCAGAACGAGGUGUCGGACCAUAUAACUCUCAGCCUAGUGUUGGCCAUGCUCAACAACCCUUGUCGCGGAACGGUUCCAUGCUCAAGUCGAAGCGGCUCGACAUUGGCCCGAUGGUCUUGAAGGAGAAGUUGAGUAAGCGGAAGGCAUAUGAGAUUGCAAGGGAGCAAGAGAUUCGAUUGAUGGUUUCGUCGCCGAUUGAUAUUCCUCGCCGGUCUACUACGCUACCCGCUGAACGGUUCUCUAUUGAGACGCGACGAGCUCCGAGGGCCCCGAGUCGGCGUUCUGAUCGCCAGCUUUCGGAUCUGAGUCUCCCCGUGCGUGACUCGGCUGCUUCCUCGGUAUCCGAGGGCUCUGAAUCGUAUACUUUCAAGGUGAACAGUUUCGCAGCCUGGACACCUCGUCCCAUCAUCCGCUAUGUCGAAGCACCUCGUAUCUCGACCGCGAGAAGUCAAAAGUCUGCGGAGGUGACGAACGGCAAGGAGAAUGUGCUCAAUGUGUCACUUUCAGACGAGAGUUUGAAUUCGAAGCAGCGGGUGGACACAUUGGCGGACAGUUUGAAUGCGAGCGCCUUGCGAGAGUUGUUGGAGAGAGACCGCCGGCGGAAGGAGAAGCAAAAGCUCGAAGAGCAGGAAAGGAUGCGUCGCAGAUUGCAGCGGCGUGCAGAACGACAGAGGAUGGAAGAGGAGAAGGAGAACGCAGACCAGGCGCAUCAAGUUGAAGACAGGAGCGGGCCUGAUACUAUCCGAGGUCAACCUACCGGCGACAAACAUGUUGAAUCUGCGUUUACAGAUAACAAUGCUUCGAAGAAUGAUGAGACCAAAAUCUUCUUGUCUGGCGAUACUCAGUCUGGUUCAUGGCUGCGAGAUGCUUCGAAGGAGCGCAGCCGCUAUACAUCCCUGGAAAGUGUACACGUCGUGAACAACCUCGACGACAGUUCUCUGCGCAGACACAAGUUGAAUGAACGGCCUAGUUUUACCCCAUCCCAGGAUAUGGGAUUGUCACAUACCACCUUAUCACCAUCCCAUUCACCGUCCGGACGUGGACUUGGCAGCCCGACUUCCUCGCAAGUAUAUGGAUUGACACGAGAAUCUAUGUCCGAUGUCUCCAGAACUAUUGAGAGUGAAAGGCGUCUAUCCGACAAUAGUAGCACACGUGGCAAUACUCUGACCUCGCUGUUCCGACGCGGGAGCUCCCGUCUCAAGCGAAGAUAUCGGGAACGUUUCCAAGACCAGGCCUCCGAGCCGCCGAAUAUGUCGAAUGAGUCAUUUUUCAAAGUCUCAACACAAUCAUCUGGGCCGCCACCUUAUGUGCCCCCUAAACCUUUCCUUCGCUCUGGCACCAUAAAGCGCUCCCACUCCAAGUUCACCGAACACUUUGGUGAUGAGCCACUGUCUCCACCGGAUUCGCGCUUACAAUCCCCCGAUAUUCCAGAAGAGGAGAUCCUCGAUCAGGUUGGAGCGGAAAAGGAUAAACCGGAUCUGAAUGAGGAAUCUCAAUAUCCCAUCCUUGGGUCCGAAUCAGACUUACAGGAUACAGCCAAAAUUCCUCACCGGUCAUGGGGAGGUGACAGUCUGGAAAGCGACGUCGACAACGUGCCUUUGUCUCAAUCACUAGCUUCGAUUGAUUCGGAGGGAUCCUGGAUGUCUGGACAAUUUCUGCGCCGUAUUUCUCAAAGAAAGAGCAACCCCAUUCGGCACAACGUGAGCUUCUCCCAAGCUGACGGAGAGCGCGCAGACUCGCCUAGAGGAGACGAGAAUCCCCAAAGAGAACCGUGUGUCCGAUUCGACUCCUACCGCGAUAGCACCUCGGGACCAAGUCAGAGCGUCGCCAGGGAGGAAGAUGAAAAAGAAACCACCAUGGCGGGCGCACCACCACAAGAUGAGACAUGGCACUCCGAGCUUGCCAAAAGACCGAUAGUGGUGAAUCCCACAAUCCGCCCGAAGUCGACCGAAGGGCUUCUGCUGAGGAGUAUCCAGUCCCUGUCUCGCAUUUCUGCGGAUGAGGAAGUCAGCCCUAUCGAAGAGCAUCCCUCCGAACAUCAAUAUGCUGACCAUGGCAAUUAUGGUCGCGCAUACUGA